CUGAUUGGAGCGUUAUUGUGCGCGUGUUCGUAGGGGUGUGACGUCACGAGCGUCAGUAGCGACGUGCAGACGCAGAGCUAAUAGAGUCAAUAAAGCCUUAACUUCCACUGUUUGAAACGCUCUACUGGACUUCUACCAUCACAAAUUACAAAUCAUUUACUUUUAUUCGUCUGAGAACACAUAGACACCUGUCUAGAGAACCACGAGUUGCUUUUGUGACUCGCUGUCAAAUCUGACAUUCAUCAGGUUUUGCUUGGCUGAUGAUGAGUCUCUGAGGAAGCCUCUGGUUGUUUCCGGAGGAGAUGGGUGCAAACACCAGUCAGGUGAGCGACCUGUCAGAGAGCCAGAGCAUCCGUACUCUGAUUGGUCCAGACGCCAUCUCAGAGAACGAGCCCUUCUGGAACCAGCUGAUCUCCUUCACCUUCAGCAGUCCCACCUGCAGUGCUGAUGCUAAACUCCUGGAGGAGGCUGUCGUCCCACUGGCUAAGACUCUGAUUCAGAACAACCCCAGGUCCGGGAACUUCGGGGCGUUGGUGAGAGUUUUUCUCAGCAGAACCAAAGAGCUGAAGAUUUCCACAGAAUGCCAAGAUCAGUUGUUCAUCUGGCAGGCCCACAAUGCUUUGUUCCUGGUGCGCUGUUUGCUGAAGGUCUUCAUCAGGGAGAUGAAUGAAGAAGAGCUGCACUUACAGUUCUCCUACCAGGAGAGGCCGCCGGGAACCUACGACUCCAUCUGUGAGGAUCUUCUGGAGGAGCUGGUCUGUAAUUUGGUGCAUCUCAUCGUCGAGGUGCCGCUUCUUGACAUCACCUACAACAUCCUGUUUGAAGCAGUGACCAUCCUUCUGGUGCUGUUGUCCUAUCAGCUCUUCCACAGGGAGGUUCUGAGGGAGGGGCUUAUUUACGGCUACCUGACCAGAGGACGAUGUCUGUCUCUGACGAGUCGUCUGGUGAAGACGCUGCUGUAUAACUUCAUCAGACAGGAGAAAUGUCCUGCUGCCACACAUGUGCAGACGCAGUCAGACGGAGGAGGCCUGCUGUAUGGACUCGCAUCAGGAGUCGCCAGUGGGUUGUGGAGCGUGUUCACAUUAGGCGGAGUCGGCAGCAGGCCGGGGGCGGAGCAAGAUCAGAACCCUCUCCCGCUGUCCAAUCAGAGUCUGCUGUUACUGCUGGUUCUGGCCAAUCUGAUCGACGGCCCGGACUGUCCGAACCCUUACCGCCAGGCUGUUACCUGCUUCAAAAACACUCAAGAUUCCUCAUCCAUCCCGUCUCCACAGCCUCACACAUUUCAGAUCAACUUUAACAGUCUGUACACAGCGCUGUGCGAGCAGCAGAAAUCAGACCAGGUGACAUUACUGCUCUACACGCUACUGCACCAGAACAGCAACAUGAGGACGUACAUACUGUCCCGCACGGACAUGGAGAACCUGGUGUUGCCGAUUCUUGAGAUCUUGUAUCAUGUCGAGGAAAGAAACUCUCAUCAUGUGUACAUGGCCCUCAUCAUCCUCCUCAUUCUCACGGAGGACGACACCUUCAACCGCUCCAUACAUGAAGUGAUGUUGAAGAACAUCUCAUGGUAUACGGAGCGUGUUCUAACGGAGAUCUCUCUGGGUUCUCUUUUGAUCCUGGUUGUGAUUCGGACCAUCCAGUUCAACAUGACGAGGACCAGGGAUAAAUACCUCCACACGAACUGCCUGGCUGCCCUAGCAAACAUGUCGGCCCAGUUUCGUAACCUACACCAGUACGCCGCCCAGCGAAUUAUAAGUUUGUUUGCUCUGCUGUCAAAGAAGCACAAUAAAGUUCUGGAGCAGGCGACCCAGUCCUUGCGUGGGCCUCUGGGAGCAGACGACACGACCGUUCUGCCAGACUAUGCUCAGGAUCUGAACGUCAUCGAGGAGGUGAUCAGGAUGAUGCUGGAGAUUAUAAACUCCUGUUUGAGUAACUCGCUCCAUCACAACCCAAACCUGCUGUACGCGCUGCUCUACAAGCGCGAGCUCUUCGAGCAGUUCAGAUCACAUCCGUCCUUCCAGGAUAUCAUGCAGAACCUGGACACGGUGAUUGGAUUCUUUAGCCAGCGACUGGAGCAGGCAGGAAGUGACCUGUCCGUGGAGAGAGUUCAAGAGGUCAUCCAGAAAGGUGCGACGGCCCUCCCUAAAGAGCGUCUGAAGAAGUUUCCGGAGCUGAAGUUUAAGUACGUGGAGGAGGAGCAGCCGGAGGAUUUCUUCAUCCCGUACGUCUGGUCUCUGGUCUUUAACUCUGGAGUGGGUCUGUACUGGGACUCUCAGGGCAUCGAGCUGCUCGGCAUGGACUCGCCCUGACCGGGUGUGUGUCUGUGUGUGUAAGUCACAUGUCCAAACCUGGAGCUUCUGUCCUCAUCGCACCACUCAAAGGGCUGCAGCUUCUGCUCCGUCACCGGCUGCACUGAAUUCUGGGAAUUGGUACGAUUUGGGGUUUCAGCUAAAACACUUGGGUUGAUUGUGAUAAUCCUUCGUUUGAUUGUUUCUGUUUGUGGGUCACAUGUGGGGAAAAUGAGUCGAACCACAUGAUUUCUUGACUGACGGUGAACAUAAAUUAUACUUUGACCCCAUUAGGAAUGAUUCUUAAAGGAAUAGUUCACCCAAAAAUGAAUGUUUGCUGAAAACGUGGUCACCAAUGGAUGCUCUGCAGUGAAUGGGUGCCGU